UUUGUUGUUGGACUUGUUAUUCGAAACUAUCAGCUCAGCUGUUGUCAACUUCAUUUUGAUUCAUUAUAUAAUAACAUUAAUUACUCAUCAAAUAAAAUUACCAAAAGAAAAAGAGAUGGAGAGCCAAAACGAAGACAACAGAUCAUCAAUGGUGUCCAAGGUGGAAUCUAAGGAUCAAUGGGAAUUUCUUGUCAACAAAGCCCAACAACAGAAUUCCCCUAUUGUGGUUCACUUUGGAGCUUCAUGGUGCAUUCCAUCAGUUGCAAUGAAUUCAUUGUUUGAAGAAUUGGCUUCAGAUUACUCUGAUGUUAUGUUUAUCAAUGUUGAUGUCGAUGAUGUCAAGGAAGUUGCUUCAAAGAUGGAAGUGAAAGCUAUGCCAACCUUUUUACUGAUGAAGAAUGGCAGUGUAGUUGACAAGCUAGUUGGAGCGAACCCGGAUGAGAUAAGGAAAAGGGUCGGAAGUUUUAUUCAGACCAAUGGUGGCGGUGCAUAUAUGGCCUAGUCUUUUUGUGUGUUUCAUGUUGUACAUUUUGUGUGCUGUCUAACAGCUCUAUAUAUGUUAAAAACAAAUACAUCAAUGUAUGGCCAUAUGGGUAUGUAAGAUUAACUUGUUAAUUACUACGAGUACAUGUGUUUAUGUUUGCCAACAUUUUUACUGAUGAUCUGCUUUGUUUAUUUGAA